AGGAGUUCCAAAGAACUGGACGCGCGGUGGUGGAUCCGGUACCGGACGGGUUGGAGAAAUAAAGGAAAAGCGACCCUCAUCAUCAUCAUCUUCAGCAGCAGCAACAUGGCUCAGGCGAAAAUCCAAGCAAAGCUGAACGAAGCCGCCUGCAGCAAGUUCCACAGGACGCUGUCCAUGGCCGACCGCUCCGGGCAGCUCCUGGAAAACCUGGAUCAGCUGGAAAUGAGAGUGGAGGCUUUACGCGAAGACGCAUGCGCAAUGGAGCAGGAAAGGGAGUCCAUCCUGGAAAUGAUUCAGUCCAUUCAGAACUGUCAGGAAAUGCGGAACAUCUGCGCGGGUGAAAGGGAGGAGUUGACUUUGACUGCGGACCGUCUGAUGGGUCGAACCCUGUCCGUGGAGAUCUCCGUCGGCACGAUCCGAAACCUCCAGCAGGAGGAGGCGCUGCGCAAGGCCACCUCCAUAAUAGACGAGAUGGUGAAGAAGCUCCUGAGCGACAUGGAAGGAGGCCGGCAGCAGCUGCUGGCCCUGCACGCCGCCUGCGUGACGGAAGCGCCGCCCGUCCCCAUUGACCAGAAGUUUCAGGCCGUGGUGAUCAGCUGCGCCCUGGAGGACCAGAAGAAGAUCAAGCGGAGGCUAGAGAGUCUGCUGAGGAACGUUGGGAACGCCGAAAAGAACAUCAAGAUCAUGGAUCAUCAAAAACUCGAGGACACAAGAGCCAACGGAGGUCAUUAAGACCUGAAGUGUGUCUUAAAUUCCACUAACCUUAAAGACAACUUUUGUAACGCUUCACGUUUAAUUACUAAUAUUAGGUUUUUAACAUGUAGCAGAAAGAAAACGUUUGCCUUAAAAUUAUUGUCAUUUAUACG